ACGCGUGCAGAAGCAACAACGCUAAAGGGUCAGCAAUCAUUUUGUAUAAUUUACCAAAGUCAACAAUAUGUUGCGACUGCUGCUAACGUUGUCGUUGCUGUGUUGGAGCGACUGCUGGGCUCAGCAGUAUCAUUAUCCACGCCCGCAGUUGCCGUUUCAGCUGCGACCACAGCAACCAGGCAGGUAUAUAGUGCACACGUUGGGACCACAUGGCCAAACCUAUGAGCUGCAGAUGCAGCAUGCACCCGCCAUUUAUGUGGCACAACAAACGUAUGUUGUACCAGGCCAGCAGCAACAGGUACCGCAACAACAACAACAACAACAACACACCACGCUGCACAAAAAUCCGCUGCUGAUCAACACCAACUACCAGCAGCAGCAACAUACGCCCCUUGGUGUGCCACAGGUGCCACAGCCAGCAACAGCAGCAAACUACUAUCUGCCACCACAACCACUGACGAUUGACACCGCAAUUCAAGCGCAGCCAGCCGCAGCAGCCCAACCGUAUGCUAUUGUCACGCUGCCCAAUGGCCAGCAAGUGCAGGAUGCUGGACAUGGCGCGGGCGGCCCAGCGCCCACUGCCAGCGCACACGCCCACGCGCGAGUUGGCGCCUAUCACGCGCAAUCGCAGAGCGCCUCGCUGGACAGCUACAGCUACAAGCAAAGCAAUUCCGGCGAUGCACGCAACUACCAACGCUUGGUCAGCAACUGCCCGCCCAAUGGACCCUGCCAGCAACAGCAGCUUAGUCCAGGCCAAAUCGAUGCCGCUCAUCAGCAGCUGCUGCAAGCAGCGCGUUCCCAUACCGUGCCACAUUCCGAAAACUGUCAGCCAAAUUCACAAUUGUCUCCGGGCAAACGUCCGCGUGCCAGACGCACACAAACCCAAACGCAGCAGCAGCUUGCCAAGUAUCCUUACAACUAGUGCUGUAAUUUGAGUUUAGUUUUA